AUGAGAGCCGUGGUGUUGACCCUCGCCCUGCUCUGCCUGACGGGCACCCAGGCCCGCUCCUUCUGGCAGCACGAUGAGGCCCAGGCACCCCUGGAUCGCCUCAAGGAUAUGCUCGAUGUGUACCUGGAGACAGUGAAGGCCAGCGGCAAGGAAGCCAUUGCCCAGUUCGAGGCGUCCACCGUGGGCAAACAGCUGGACCUGAAGCUGGGUGAGAACCUCGACACGCUGGGUGCAGCUGCCGCCAAGCUGAGAGAGGAUGUGGCCCCCUACUACAAAGAGGUGCGGGAGAUGUGGCUCAAAGACACCGAGUCCCUGCGCAAGGAGCUGAGCAAGGACCUGGAGGAGGUGAAGGAGAAGAUCAAGCCCUUCCUGGACCAGUUCUCUGCCAAGUGGACGGAGGAUCUGGAGCAGUACCGCCAGCGCCUGGCACCCCUGGCCCAGGAGCUGAAGGAGCUCAGCAAGCAGAAGGUGGAGCUGCUGCAGCAGAAGCUGACCCCGGUGGCCGAGGAGGCUCGGGACCGUCUGCGUGGACACGUCGAGGAGCUGCGCAAGAACGUGGCCCCCUUCAGUGAUGAGCUGCGGCAGAAGCUGAGCCAGAAGCUGGAGGAGAUCCGGGAGAAGGGCAUCCCUCAGGCCGCUGAAUACCAGGCCAAGGUGGUGGAGCAUCUCAGCAACCUGCGGGAGAAGAUGACGCCCCUGGUGCAGGACUUCAAGGAGCGCCUCACCCCCUACACCGAGACCCUCAAGGCUCGUUUCCUCACCUUGCUGGAGGAACUCCAGAAGACCGUGGCCUGA